AUGCCCCGUUUCUUGAACAACCCCUCAACUUCGAAUGAAACUCUUCCCACUCAAAUUCCCACGGCAACUACCAAUUCGUCAUCGGAUACACCUUCUGAAAACGUCAAUCCAGCUGCAAAUGAAGUUCACGAAAAAUCAAGCAAUUCAGAAAUAGGCGCUGAAAAGAACGACGGAUGUGCUUCAUGUUCGAUCCAUUUUUCUCCUGCUACGCUUACGCGUCUGCUGGACACCACCGUCACAGGGAAGCAAAUUUUACAAAGAGGAUCGUUGGGCCUAUUGUCGAAGGACAGCCAAAAGGAACUUGUGGCGAUUGUGGCAGACUAUCAUUGUCAGCGAGGAGCUGAGACGAACGAGCGAGUCCUCGAGGAAUACGUCAACUCCAUCACAGCCUUGUUUAAAGGCGAAACCAAAGAAUUGUACUUUAUUGCGCGAGGAGGAUCUAAAAAAAAUCCAGGCGGGAAGCUUUACAAUCGGAUUGUCAAUAUGAAGCAAAAGACGGCUAAACGAAAGUGGAAAGAAGAGGAACACUUAAACGAGAGCCAGAGUAAUUCACUUUCAUCGACUGACGUCAUUACCAAGGAGGCGAAGGAAGCAGCUGUGUGGCUCCAACAAAACGAAAAGCCUUGGUCUGCCACACUUGAUAAGUGGACCUAUUCAUUUCCGCUGCGAAAAUCGAUGCUAAGAAAGUCCGACCAGCAAACAACACUUUUCAGGAAUACCACCAUUAUAAUGACGAAUUCGGCUACCAACUAG